GAGCAGAUUCUUUUUCUCAAGCGGAAAUUCGAAACACUUUACCCUCUCCUAUACCUUCACAAGCUUUCCAACUUAUAACUUAAUAUCGUGAUCAUGGCUUGAAUUUGAAUUUCUCCGACGAUUAAAAUAAAGGACGAAUACAUGUGGCUGGAGUCCAUAUUACCAUCAGCAGUCGUUUCUGUCAUGAUGGACUUGCUGAAAGCCCUGUUUUAUUUUUUGGCUUCUGUCAACAGCCUGCAGGGGUUUUUACUCCUGCCAUACAUCGGGGGGUUGACGGAUAAUUUCACACGGCUGUUCGGCUGGCUUGGAUUUGGUGCUUGCGUCGUUGACAACGUCUCAGGGCUAUUGUAUCAUGGAAUGGAACUAACCAUCCUUUGCGGAAGUACGUCCAGUUCUGAGUGCUUCACUGUCAAAGGCAGGAGAAUUUUGGAAUUUGUGGUCUUGGCGUCGUUUGCCAUUUUUUUCACUGGGGAAUACGAUCUGCCGCUGAUUUCCGCAUUCCUUAAGACCAUUUCCGCCAUCAGUUUGGCGACUUUGGUAACUUUUCAUCAAACCCAGCCGAACCUCGUCGAAAUGGUGUCGACGAUUUACUUCCCACUGACGACCGGAGCUCUUAUCGCAGUUUCGUCCAUCGCUGACAACGGACACCUUUUCUGGGCCACUUUCAACACCGUUCUUUUCGAUCGUAUCGUGUAUCGGAAUAUUACUGUACAACUGUCAUCAACCAAGUUCCAUUGCGAUUCACGUUGCGACGCGAUGCUAGAUGUCACUGCCACUGCC